AUGACAGUUCGAUCCCUCGAAAAAAUUCUUUGGGUAAACAAGUGGAAGACAAAGAAAUUCAAAUGCAUUGACUUGUCUUAUUCUAUAUUAUCUGUUCUGUAUCAAAAAGUUACUAGGUACACUUGCUCUCGAGUUUUUAAGACUACAGUCUUACUUUUGUCAACGAUUCUGACACCAAUCGUCUCUAGAUGGCCGUCCCGAGAAGAGAUAAACAAUAACCUGCUAAAAUGCUUCAGUGACUUUAAACCGACGAGAGUGGUAUUAAAUUGCACUGAGGUCCCGAUUGAAAGGUCAAAAUGUUUAAGGUGUCGCAUUCGGUGUUAUUCUUAUCCCACGUAUGGCGGAAGGGAAUCAGAUCAACUGAUAUUUACGAAAUCUGAAUUAUUAGAUCGAAUUAUUAGCGGUACGGACGGCGUGAUGGUGGACAAAGGGUUUUUAAUCCAAGCGACAUAUGAGGAAACAGUAUUCAGUAAAAACAUAGCCGCAGCGAGAGUACAUAUUGAACGAGUUAAUCAGCGUAUAAAAAUAUUUAAAAUGCUUAAAAACCAUUUCCCCUGGAGUCUACUAGACUACUGAAGAUAAGUUCUGAACCUUC